CCUACGGGUAACAAGUAAACAACUGCAGGUGAUCAAGGGUAUGAGGAAUUGAAAACUGGUGGCAUACUGCCGAUAACCAGCAUGUUCCCAGUAAGACUGGAUAGUGAUGGUCUUUGCAGUUGUUCUCCAAACCUUUGUCAGCUCUGUAUUAUUAGAAGGUGUACAAAAGCUGAUACUGUAAAACCAAAACAGAACAAAACCUACGCUGGCUAAGCACGGCGAAGAAACACAACUAAGGAAAACAAAACAAGAAACAGUACACCUAGCUAGGCGAGCAUCAGUUUAGUUGUUAUAUUGUCCAUCCUCGUAGUAGCUUUCCUGCCUCCUUUUUCUUAAUGAUAUACUUGGUACAUUUUAUUCUGAAUAACUUUUGCACAUUUACAAAACUUUUUUGCAGUAUGGAGAACAUCAUCAAACGUUAUCAGAACCGGCCAGCAGCACAAAAAAGAGUACACGGCAGGAGCCUUCUUAAAGAGAGAAGAAGUAAAGAUUGUCAAGUUCCUGUAACAACAAUAGAUAGAAGGCCAAGCAAUGAUGACAUGUCAAUUGAUGAAUCAAGCAUAUCCCAGUUGACCAUUGAACAGCUUAGCAAAAUUGAAAGAGAACUGGAAUAUGCACUAAGGAAUACAAAGGCAAGAAAGGCUAAAGCGGUGCUCGAUGAGAGCGACCUCAUGAAGAUGGUCUCCAGGACGGAGCAGGCAAGUAGAUUGACCCAUUCCAAUUAUUCAUAACACUCGGUUUCGCUG